AUGGCUCUUACUGAGCUAAAUGAGUUGAAGGAUCAGCUGAAAGAUUUGCUGGAUAAAGGCUUUAUCUGGCCUAAUGCUUCACCAUGGGGUGCACCAAUAUUAUUUGUGAGAAAAAAAGAUUGUUCACUGAGGAUGUGUAUCAAUUAUCGACAGUUGAACAAGGCUACUACAAACAAUAGGUAUCCAUUUCUGAGGAUCGAUGACUUGUUUGAUCAAUUAGAAGAUGCUAAGUACUUCUCGAAUAUUGAUUUGAGAUCAGGGUACCAUCAGGAGCUGAAGGACAUGUUGACAUCAGUACCAAUCCUAGCCUUGAAAGAGGGUUCUGAGGGUUAUACAGUGUACAAUGACGCUUCUAGUAUUGGGUUAGGAUGUUUUCUGAUGCAACAUGGUAAGGUGAUCGCAUAUCCUUCAAGGAAGUUGAGGAAGCAUGCAAAGAAGAACUACCCAACUCAUGAUUUAGAGUUGGCUGGAGUUGUUCAUGCAUUGAAGAUCAAGAGGCACUAUCUAUAUGGGCUUCAACAACAGAUUAUGGCAGAGGAAAAUCAUUCCCAGUAUUCUAUUCACCCAGGAUUGACGAAGAUUUACCAUGAUAUAAUAGAGAUCUAUUGGUGGCACAAGAUGAAGAAGGAUAUUGGUGAGUUUGUGGCACACUUUCCUAACUGCCAACAAGUGAAGCUUGAGCAACAGAAGCCUACUAUGCUGGUCCACUAG